ACCCCCCUGCCCCUGGGACGGAGCUGGGCGUGUGCAUUGGCCUGAGCUGGGUCUGGGCUGUGCAUGGGUUAAAGGAGGUGGAGAACGGGGAGGCUGGCUGGCUGGCGUGGAGGAGGAGGCGGUGCAGAGUGGGAAGGGAGACCAAGCGGACGGGUCUCUCCUCUCAGUUGCUCUCAGCUGUGGACCUGGGAUCAACUCUGCUCUUUGCUCCCCCCUUCCUUGGCUCACUCCCUCCCUCACUCCCUCACUCCCCUUCCUCUCAUCCCUGGGACCCAGCUUGUCACUAAUUCCAGCUGCUGCUGCUGCUGCUGUCCACUUCCCAUCUCAUCCUGCUGCCCCCUGGAAAGCUCCGGCCCCGGAGACCCACCCACACGCAGCAGCUCCUCUGCCUGGAAAGGUGGCUGCCCCCUGUGUUCCUCCUUCUAGCCAUGAACUGGUGCCCAUUAAGACCGAGAGUGUCCCAAAGAAUGUAGUAGACACGGGGGAAGGAGCCUUCCGAGGUGGAAACACACCCAAGAGCCUCGAGCAAGAAGGCUCCACUAAAAUCACCAAGAGUCCCCCUCUCCAGCUCCAGACUGUCAGGAACAUGAGCAUCAGUCAGAACAUGGAGGACAGCUGUGAACUGGACUUGGUGUAUGUGACUGAGAGGAUCAUUUCCGUCUCUUUCCCCAGCACCACCGAUGAAGAGAACUUCCGAAAUAACAUCCGGGAGGUGGCCCAAAUGCUCAAGUCCAAACAUGGGGGCAACUACUUGCUUUUCAACCUGUCUGAGCGGAGACAUGACAUCACGAAGCUUCACUCCAAGGUGCUGGACUUUGGCUGGCCCGACUUACACACUCCUGCCCUGGAGAAGAUCUGCAACGUUUGCAAGGCCAUGGACACGUGGCUCAAUGCCAACCCCCACAAUGUCGUGGUCCUACACAACAAGGGAAACCGAGGCAGGACUGGAGUUGUCAUCGCUGCUUACAUGCACUACAGCAAUAUUUCUGCCAGUGCAGACCAGGCCCUGGAUCGAUUUGCCAUGAAGAGAUUCUAUGAGGAUAAAGUGGUUCCUGUGGGGCAGCCAUCCCAGAAGAGGUAUGUCCAUUACUUCAGUGGGCUGCUUUCUGGUUCCAUCAAAAUGAACAACAAGCCCUUGUUUCUACACCACGUCAUUAUGCAUGGCAUUCCCAACUUUGAAUCUAAAGGAGGUUGUCGACCCUUCCUCAGGAUCUACCAGGCCAUGCAACCUGUCUACACUUCUGGAAUCUACAAUGUGCCAGGAGACAGCCAAACCAACAUCUGUAUCACCAUUGAGCCUGGAUUGCUUUUGAAGGGAGACAUCUUGCUGAAAUGUUACCACAAAAAGUUCCGAAGCCCAGCCCGGGAUGUCAUUUUCCGAGUUCAGUUCCACACCUGUGCCAUCCAUGACCUGGGAGUCGUUUUUGGGAAGGAGGACCUGGAUGAUGCCUUCAAAGAUGAUCGGUUUCCAGAGUAUGGCAAAGUAGAAUUUGUAUUUUCUUAUGGCCCUGAGAAAAUUCAAGGAAUGGAACAUCUGGAGAAUGGACCAAGUGUGUCUGUGGACUACAACACCUCGGACCCCCUCAUCCGUUGGGACUCCUAUGACAAUUUCAACAUGCACCGAGAAGAUAGCAUGGAAGAGGUGGUGGGACACACUCAAGGCCCGCUGGAUGGGAGCCUCUAUGCCAAAGUGAAGAAGAAGGACUCUCUGCACGGCAGCACAGGUGCGGUCAACGCCAUCCGCCCCACCCUCUCCGCCACCCCCAACCACGUAGAGCACACCCUGUCAGUGAGCAGCGAUUCAGGGAACUCCACCGCGUCCACUAAGACCGACAAGACCGAUGAGCCGGGCCCCCCCAAUGCACCCGUGUCCCUGAGCCCGGAGGAGAAGCGAGAGCUCGAGAGGCUGCUGAGCGGUUUUGGCCUGGAGCGGGAGAAGCAGGGGCCCAUGUACCACAGCCGGCACCACCUCUCCCGCCAGCACGGGGGACCCGCUGCCCCCUCUUCCGGGCGCCACGUGGUCCCCGCCCAGGUCCACGUCAACGGCGGGACCUUGCCGUCCGAGCGGGAGACGGACAUUCUGGACGAUGAGCUGCCCAACCAGGACGGGCACAGCGUGGGCAGCCUGGGCACGCUGUCCUCCCUGGAUGGGGUCACCAACACCAGCGAGGGGGGCUACCCCGAGGCCGUGUCUCCGCUGACCAACGGCCUGGACAAGCCGUACCCUGCCGAGCCGAUGGUGAAUGGCGGCAGCUAUCCCUAUGAAGCCCACGGCCGGGCUCCCCUCGCGCAGAUGGUCCACGGGGCCCCCCUGCGACCCUCGUUCUCAGCCCAGGAAGGCCUCUCCGGGUACCAGCGGGAGAGCCCGAACCUGGGCUGGCAGCAGGCGGUGACUAACCCCCACUACGGCUAUGAUGUCAAUGGGAUGUUCCGCUCCCAGUCCUUUCCAGAAUCGGAGCCUCAGUUGCCCCAGGCUCCAGCCCGCGGUGGGAGUAGCCGAGAGGCGGUACAGCGGGGACUGAAUUCCUGGCAGCAGCAGCAGCAGCAGCUUCAACAGCAGCAGCAGCAGCCUCGCCCACCUCCACGCCAGCAGGAGCGAGCUCACCUAGAGAACCACUCCCCCAGAAGGCCCAGUCCCCAGCCUCAGGUGGAGGCUUCAGCCUCUGGCCUCCCGGAGUUCCCCAGGGCGGCCUCCCAGAAGGAGAUCGAGCAGUCUAUCGAAGCCCUCAACAUGCUGAUGCUUGACCUGGACCCUGCCUCAUCCGGCUCUCCCCUGCACAAAUCCCAGAGUGUCCCUGGGGCCUGGCCAGGGACCUCUCCCCUUGCCUCUCAGCCUCCUCCUGGCCUUUCCCAUCAGUCCCAGCCUCUGACCCAGUCAAGAUCUGGCUACAUCUCCAGGGGACAUCUCCAGGGAACACCCGAACCAGUUGCCCGCACCUCCUUAGAGUCUGUCUCACCUGGGAGGUCUUACUCUCCCUAUGAUUACCAGCCAUCUUCAGCUGUAUCCAGUUACCAGCCCAGAAGUCCAGCCUCUUCUUCUUCUGCUUUCCCAGCUUCCUCAAGCCCGCCAGGAUCCCGCCAGCCCCCAGCCACUCUUCCUGGUCUCACACCUCAACCUCAGCUCCUCACAAAGGAGACGGGCUCAGAUCCAUCCCGGACCCCUGAGGAAGAGCCCUUGAAUCUGGAGGGGCUGGUGGCCCAUAGAGUGGCAGCAUACAACGCCAAACUCCAGAACAUCAAGAAGAGUGUCAUAUCCUUCCAUUCUCCUCUCCACCGGCAGAGAUCUUCUUCCCUCUCUGGGGUACAGGCUCGAGAAAAGCAGACAGCAGAGCCUCCUCCCCCCCUCCGGAGACGAGCAGCCAGUGAUGGGCAGUAUGAGAACCAUUCUCCGGAGCCCACUUCCCCUCGGAGUCCCGGGGUGCGCUCCCCCGUCCAGUGUGUCUCCCCGGAGCUGGCCCUCACCAUUGCUCUCAACCCAGGAGGACGGCCCAAAGAGCCCCAUCUGCAUAGCUACAAGGAGGCCUUUGAAGAAAUGGAGGGGGCCGCUCCGGCCAGUCCACCUCCCAGCGGUGUGCGCUCUCCCCCAGGGCUCGCCAAGACACCCCUUUCUGCCCUGGGACUGAAACCCCACAAUCCAGCGGAUAUUCUGCUCCAUCCCACAGGAGAGGAAGAUGAGGAGAAGGGAAUAGCUGAGUUCUUUGAAGAACCUAGGAGUUAUGUCGAGUCUGUGGCUCGAACAGCUGUGGCUGGACCCCGAACCCAGGACGCUGAGCCCAAGAGCCCAACUAUCCUAACUACACCGACUUACGGUUCCGAGACACCGCUGAGGAAUGGAACUCUGGGCAACUCCUUUGCCCCACCCAGUCCCAUCUCAACUAGCAGUCCCCUCCUUGGCACUGACAGCACGUCCAUGGGGAGUUUCCCAUCAGCAGAGAGCAGUGGCCUGGGCCCCAGGACGCCUCCCCAGCCCGUGGCAGAUGCCAGCUUCCACUCUGGCAGCCUAGGGCCCCCUCCGUCUUCUGCCCAGAGCAGCUACCAGAACAUCUCCCCCACCCUGCCCGCCGUCCCCAGUGGCCACCGCAGCCCCGAUUACUUUGCCUCAGACGCUCGGCCUCAGUCUCAGUUCUCGGUGGCAGGUGUCCACACCCUGCCUGGGAGCCCCCAGACUCUCCACCGUACGGUGGGGACCAACACUCCUCCUAGCCCAGGCUUUGGCCGGCGGGCAGUCAAUCCUGGCAUGGCGGCCCCUUCUCUUGGGAGCCCAGGCCUGAGCCGCCGCCAGGUCUCAAGUCCCCAUGGCAAUGCCAUGGCCGGCCUCCAUGGCAACGCCAUCGCCAGUCCCCAGAGCAGCAUGGCUGCCUCCCCGGGCAGCCCCAGCCUGGGCCGGCACCCCCUCGGGGCUGUCCACAGCAGUUCAGUCACUACUCCGGGGAGUCCUGGGCUGGGCCGCCACGUGGCAGGCCUAGGAGGGGCCGGGCCUGUGGUCCCGGGCAGCCCUAGCAUGGACAGGCACGCGGCCUACGGCGGCUACUCCACACCGGAGGACAGGAGACCCACUCUGUCCCGGCAGAGCAGCGCCUCUGGCUACCAGGCUCCCUCCACGCCCUCCUUCCCGGUCUCCCCGGCCUACUACCCCGGGAUGGGCAGCCCGACAUCCUCCUCCCCAGAUUCCGCGGCUUUCCGCCAGGGGAGCCCUACCCCCGCCUUGCCCGAGAAGCGGAGAAUGUCGGCAGGAGACCGGGCGGGCAGCCUCCCCAACUACGCCACCGUCAAUGGGAAGGUGUCCUCAUCCCCCAUCUCCAGCGGCAUGUCCAGUCCCAGCGGGGGCAGCAUGGUCUCCUUCUCCCACACCCUUCCCGACUUUUCCAAGUUCUCCAUGCCAGACAAUAGUCCUGAAACCCGGGCUAAUGUUAAGUUUGUCCAGGACACAUCCAAGUAUUGGUACAAACCUGAGAUCUCCAGGGAGCAGGCCAUCACUUUACUUAAGGACCGGGAGCCAGGAGCUUUCAUCAUUCGAGAUAGCCACUCUUUUCGGGGAGCUUAUGGCUUGGCCAUGAAAGUGGCAUCUCCUCCUCCCACCAUCCUUCAGCAGAGUAAGAAAGGAGACAUGACCAAUGAGCUGGUAAGGCAUUUCCUGAUUGAGACUAGCCCCAGAGGGGUGAAGCUAAAAGGAUGCCCAAAUGAGCCAAACUUUGGAUGUCUCUCUGCUCUGGUCUACCAGCACUCUAUCAUCCCAUUGGCUCUCCCCUGCAAGCUGGUGAUUCCAAACCGAGAUCCAACAGAUGAAUCAAAAGAUAGUUCAUCUGCUAAUUCUACCACAGAUCUACUGAAACAAGGGGCAGCCUGCAAUGUGCUUUUUGUCAAUUCUGUUGACAUGGAGUCGCUCACGGGCCCCCAGGCCAUUUCCAAAGCCACAGCUGAGACACUGGCUGCAGACCCCACACCGGCUGCCACUAUUGUCCACUUCAAGGUCUCCGCCCAGGGGAUUACGUUGACGGACAACCAGAGGAAGCUGUUCUUCAGGCGACAUUAUCCCCUCAACACUGUUACCUUCUGUGACUUGGAUCCACAAGAACGAAAGUGGACGAAGGCAGAGGGGGGCGUGCCCGCUAAGCUCUUCGGUUUUGUGGCCAGGAAGCAAGGCAGCACCACGGACAACGCCUGUCAUCUCUUUGCAGAGUUAGAUCCCAACCAACCUGCUGCAGCCAUUGUCAACUUCGUUUCCAAGGUCAUGCUCAGCGCUGGCCAGAAGAGAUGAGCCUGCCAGGGGCCAGGGCAGCCGGGCUUGGGGCACAUGGGGAAGGGGACCCUUGAAUCCAGAAGGAAGGUGUGGGGCCAAUUUUUGGAGAAGGAGAGAGGAAAGUGCAGUGUGGGAAGAGGGAAGUGAAUUCAGAGAGGAAGAGGAGGAGACGAGAGGAAAAAAAAUGGAGGGAAGAACAACAUAGAGCCUAUUGGGUAAAUGGAAACUAAAAAAAAAAUCCCAAUAAUCCCAAACUCAAACUACUCAACUAACCAAGACCACAUGACCUUCCCAUGCUAUUGGAUUUUUCCAUGGAGGGGAGGGGUGCAAAGUGGCAAAUUCCCCCUGGGAUUUUCUUUUAGAACCAUGGAUAAAGUAGAUCCUCAUCCAAUUCAACAACCUUGCAAGGGAAAAAAAUCCACAAUCUUGUGGACACCUGUGAGGUAAUUUAUCCAACAAAAUAGGGAAAUCCAAGACUACCAUUUUUUUUUCUUUUUUAAUAAGGAAAAUCCCCCAAGGUAUACUAAGGUCUCUUUGUUCUUCAGUGGCUUAUGCAUAUUAUAUGUAUAGGUACCUGCGUGUAUUAGACAUAUAACUCCAAAUUCAGCUAUAUUUAUAAUAUGCGCACGAAGUUGUCUUUCCUCCCUAAAGCUGAUGUCUGCCAUCUCCUGGAAUCAUGUAAGACCAGGAAUAUAGCAGGAAGGGGACCUUUCUCCUUACCCAGAAUCACCUUGGAUUGUGGAUGUCAGCUUGGGACUUCCUUCCAUCCCAGCCAGUCAACUCUUGGAAGGCUCCUCAUUUUUCUCACACACACAAGAGCAGGAAGCAGACGUGGCCCCUUCUGAACACUGCACUAAGGAUCUCUCCCACAAGGCAAUACCCCUGCUUUGCCAUGGCCUCGAGGCUGGGGAACUUUGGUUCAGGGGAGAUGUGCAAACCCCAGACCUUCAGGAGGAUUUGGAGAGAGUCGGGAGAACUGGACGGAGGAGAGGCAGGGGAUGCUGACCCAUGGUCCUCUACAUAUAUGGGGCAAGACAUGUCCCUCCCAUUCUCUCUAGGGCAAAUUGCUGCCCCGAUCUCUCCUACCCCACUCUUUGUGCCUUGUAUCCUGAACCUUUCCCUGGAUUUAGCUCCUUAUACUUGCUCACAAGAGGAUGCCCAUUGGGACCACAGGGAUUUAGCCAUCCUGCCAUAUUGGAAACUAAGAAUCUUGUUGGACUCUUCUUCAGAAAGGUCUGCCCAGUUCUGCCUUCAGGAAGUUCAAGGGAGAAGACUCAACCCUUGUCCUCCUCUCCACAAGUGCUUUAGAAGUGUUUGGCUUUCUCUGUCACAUGCAGGCUCGACUUCACUGAAAAACAGAUGUCUGUAACUAUUCUGGCCAGGCCAGCCCAUGGUGGCCUCAAGCUUGGUCACAUCUCCAGAUAGACAACCCACCUGCAUGCUUGCUGGGUAGGCUGCUUUACAAUGCCAAAGUCCCUCUUUCCCCUGACCUUUUAUCUCCCAAAGAACCAAGCCAUAAGGGGUAGAAGGCAUGAGAGCAAGUCUGGGAGUCCAGGAUCCCUGCUUUGAAAGCCCCAUACUUCCGAAGAAAUCCAAAUCAGAAACAAGAACUCAUUGUGAUCCAGUGCUUUGGCUCCCCAAGCCCACUUGGGUUCCCUAGUGAGCAGCAUUGUACUGACAUAUAAAUAUUCAUAAUAUAUACAUGAGAUAUACUGAUGGAAUACUGUAAGCUAAUCAAGUUUAAGAAAAGGGAAAAAAGGUAAAUUGACAAGAAAUAUUUAUUUUUUUCCAUAUUGCUUUAUUGCCUCCAUAUGGGUAUAUACUGUAUCCCAUUCCUUCCCUCCAUGAGCUCUUGUAUGUAUAACUAAAGCCUGAGAGAUAAGAGACCUUAUAUUUGGAUUAUCCCUGAACCACCUCCCACCAAUCUUGACCUUCACUGUAUUCAGGAGGUAGAGGGUGGGAUAUUUGAGUGGUUCAUCCCAGGUUGUGUAUAUCUGUUCCCUGUAUCACUAGCCCCUUGAGUUUCCCUUUCAGCCCAAGGCUCAGCAGCUCCUAGAGCACCCAAGGUGGGAGGAGCUGAACCCCAAUGCCAAAGGCCCUUUGCGCGGGUCUGCUUGCGCAGAGGUGGAGGUUUCAGGAUGUGUGUGGAGGAAAUGGAUGAUGUGUCUAUUAGUACUUGUGUAUCUUUUCAUAUUUUUUCCCUCCAAAAUAUUGUAAGUGCAUGGCAGUGUGGUUUCAGGGAGUUGGAAAUGAGAAUGGUUUGUAGAAGGUAGGGAGCAGGGGUGGUUUACCCUUCCCAUCACCUGCUCCCCAUUAGUAAGACAUGAGUUUUUGUGAUUGAAGUUGCUCAAAAGUCCCCUUCCUUUUGGGAAAUUCAGGCUAGAGACCUGAAUUAUUUUUUUACCUUUUCCUUACUUCCCCAUCAACCCUGGCUCUGUGCCCCAGUAGAGAAAGAUAUAUAUAUCUUGCUCUUGGUCAAGAGUUUUCCACCUUCAUUUUUACCACUGCUCAACCUGAAGAAUUCUGGGCUUCUGGUCUGGAUCCUUCAUCACUGCUUCAUAUCAGAUGAAUUGCCAGACCCCCUUAUCAUCCAGCUCCAGGACCCCAGGCUAAGAUCUGGGAUCAGCCUUCACAUUCACUUCUCUCUGAUCUUGUGCUCACUGGCUGUCUUAUUUCCUAGUCAUGGCCAUCUCCAGUCUUGCUUAAGGUCAACCCUCAUUGACCCUAUUUUUGAGGGGACUCUGUUUAAAGUUUGAAAGCAGACUGUUCCCUCCUACCACCCAAAACCACUUUAAGAAGAACCAACUUCCUAGAACCUAAUGUUCUAAAUCUGGACACGUUUAGAAGUACUUGGAGUCACUAAUUUUGACUUUCCGAGAAUCUGAUGAGGGAAGAGAGUUGUGUUCAAAUCUUGGAGUGGGUACCAUCUUGGGUAAGGGGCUGGUAGGGUAAGACCAUGUGGAAUUAGGCGUCAGAGAUUGUAUUUCACAGGUAGGCAUGAACACACACAGAGCACUGCAAUAUAUCCUUGCCAAAGAAUUCCUUUUUAAAAAAGCACUUUUAAUUUUUUUUUUGUAAAUGACUAUCUUUCUCUUACCUUCUUCUUCCCUCUCCCAAUCCACUUUGCUGUCGAUUUAUGUUGUAUGUUGUUGAUGUUUGUUUGUCGAUCCCCUUGGGAAUGUUGUAUCAUUCCAUCUUGAAGCCAGGCUGAGAUAGGAAAGGAGAGGAUAGAUCUGAAAAUCAUGGACAGAGGAAAGAGACUAUCAUUUAAGCCUCAGUCAGAGUGAUGACAAUAAAUGAUUUGUCUCUUCCCUAACACACACACACACACACACACACACACACACACACACACUUGGCCCUCUCCCACCCAGCACCAUUCUAAGUCAGGGUGAAAACUCUCUUAGAUUUCCAAGACAGGAUGAGGAUGUAAUAAGAGUAUCCUCAUGGGAGAGAGGAGAGGCAAAGGAACUCUUCAAAACAAGCUAAGCUCAGUGUAGGAUUUUGGGAGCUUCUUUAGGUGUGGGAUGAGUAGGAAAAAGAAAAUGUGAACUGAUGUCGAGAGAUAAGAUGAAUGGGGAGCAAAUCCAGUUUGACCAGCUUCAGAUGCUUCUCUUCUUCCUGAUCAAGAUCUUUCUAUCACCAUCACAGGGGCCCCGUUCUAUUUUGUUUUCCUUAGCUUGUGUUUUCCUUUUGAAUUGUAAGUGGUAUGUGCAUUGAAAAAGGGCCUCCCCCCGCCACAAGAAGAGAGGCCAUAUCUUAGUCUUUUGGAACAAGUCCUUCCAGUUCUACAUCCAAUUCUGAGUACUUCCUUUGGGUGGACAGAAAAAAAUUGUGGGGAAUAAUGGCCAUGUCUAACCAUCCUUGAAGGUGGAAUUUCUGGGUAAGUUAGAGUCUCAGACAGGAGAGGAGGGUGGAGGUGUAUGUAUGUAUGUAUGUGUGUGAGAGAACCCCAUCAGAGGGAGAAAGUGAGUAGAAGGCUCCCAGGAAAAGUUGAGUGUAGGAAAUUCCAGUCACUUUGAUCUGACUGGGAUUGGACUGAGAGGUCUAUUCCCCUUCAUUGGCCCAAAGGAAGGACUGGCAUGUGAGAAGAAUCUGGUCUAGAUUGCCCAUUCAAGGAUCAUUUCUCCAUCUGUCCUAGUCUAGACCUCUUGUCUGCAUUGCCUCCCCCCUUCAACAACACUCGAUAAGGGGCAGGGCUCUUGUCUUUCAGCCCUGGUACAUCCCAGGCGUAAGCCCUUUAUCUGCUAGGACUCUGGAGUUUCCUUCCACAACAUAGAAAAGGUGGGUGUGAGUAUAUAUGUGUAUGUGGGUGUGUAUGGAAGCAAUGUGCAUCUGUGUAUGGGAGGACGUGUGUAUGGGGAUGGGUAAUAGUUGCAAGAGGCAGUGGAAAGUCUGGUACGAAAUCACCUUCAGGCAAAAGGAAUCAGGAGGUGAGAUCCAGAGGGUCACCCAGCUGGCUUCAGGCUCAGUCUUGGUUUUGUUUGAUUGAUGGAGAAGAUCAUUAGUCAGAGUGAGGGUUGUUCUGCUCCUCCCUAAGUCCUGUUUCCUAGUACCUGGGAAAUGCAGGAAAGCUUUCUUUUCUUCCCAUUCCUGUGCUGUUCUAGCAGCCUGAAUCUCAUUGGGAGAAUGUUCCAAAUUAAUUUUCUAAUCAGUGUUAAGUAGUUUGAAACCUGUGUGUGUGUGUGUAUGCAUAUGUUAAUGUGUAAGUGCACAGAUGUUUAAUGUGUUUUUAUGUUUUCCCCCUCCUCCUGUCUCAAAUCUUAUUGAAAGCAAAUGUAAGAAAUCCCUCCCCCCACUAGCCCUCCCUCAGAAAAAAUAUAAUAACCCUCUCCUUUUCAAUCCACCCCAGCUAUGUAUUUAUAUAGAUGGAAAUAUACUUUAUAUUUUGUAUCAUUGUGCCCAUAACUUUUGCCACCUUGUAUAAAAUCUGACUUAUGUUACUCAUCCCGGGUAUGAAUGUAUUGUACACUGAUGCUCUCCUCCCACUCUGUACAGCCGCCUUUGUUUCUUUGCGACCCAUUGUAUGGCUUUAUAAAUGAUAAAGUUUAAAAAAAAAUCCAA